AGCACCAGCCUCACAGCUCCUCCGGUCUCCAUCCGCCAUUUUCAGCAGCUUGAAAAGCAGGUAGAGCAAAAAACAACCAAACAAACAAAACAAACAAACAAACAAACAAACAAAAAAAAAAACUACCACUGUCCAGUGCCGCUGAAAAACAACAGAACCCAUGUAGUAUGUAAGCACAGUCUGUGGAACCAAGCUUGAAUGAAGUCCUUGUUGCAGUGGUAAUGGCUGUAUCUGGGGGAACAUCUGAAACCCUGGUUGAUGUUCCAGCCCAUGUGUGGAGAGGCCUUCCAGAUGGCCUGAGACUGGGAACAUCAGCUGUUAAUCCAAAUCGUAUAGGUGUCUGGGCAUCUUGUCUAAUUCCCAAAGGCAAAAAGUUUGGUCCUUUUGUAGGAGAAAGGAAGAAGAGGUCUCAAGUUACCAGCAAUGUUUACAUGUGGGAGGUAUAUUUUCCAACCAGGGGAUGGAUGUGUGUGGAUGCCACAGACCCAGUGAAAGGAAACUGGUUGCGAUAUGUGAACUGGGCAUGCUCAUCUGAAGAGCAGAACCUGUUUCCUCUGGAAAUCAACAGAGCAAUUUAUUACAAAGUGUUGAGGCCAAUCGCGCAGGACGAAGAACUGCUUGUGUGGUACAAUGGAGAAGACAACCCAGAGAUAGCAGCUGCAUUAGAGGAAGAAAGGAACAGCAACUUUCACAAGAAAAAUUCACCAAGAGCAAAGCGAGCAAGAAAGAAGCUAUUGGAAAAAGCCAGACAGGCUGGUUUGGGAAGAUUAUCUGGGCAUAAGCCAUUGAGCACAACAAGACCUGUAGUCACAGCGAUGCGUGAUUCAGAUAAAGGAAUAAAUACAGAGGAAGAGAGACCCUCUGUGUCUUCAGAUUCAGCUCAGGAGACCGCAGCUUCACUUAUAUCCCCCACAGAGACCAGGGACAUUUCUCUGUCUCCUGUUCAUACAGUGUUGGACCAGACGGAGAGAGAGAAGUCAAAUCAAGGAGAACUGCAGCCACAUGGGAGCCUUGAGUACUCUGCUGAGUCACAGUCAGGAAACAGGAGUGAACAGCCUGACCCAGAAUCAAUUUUUGGCCACUCUGUCAAGGAGAGUUCUGAGAGUCCAUUGCAUGAAGUAGCAUCAGUUUCACCUUUAGUUUCCCCAGAGCUGGAUGCAGAGGGGGACCCUGACUUUGAGGAUGAUGCACAGGGUGGUAACUAUCAUUGUCAGUACUGUGAACGUCAGUUCUCCUCCAAACAAAGCCUGGAGCAUCACAUUGACACUCACACUAUCAGAAACCACCAGACCCUCACCUUUAAAUGCAGAUACUGUGCCAAGCCAUUUGGUUCUCAGGUGGGCAAGCGCCGGCACGAAAGACGACACGAAAACGGGAGUAAAGGCCUGAAAAGGCCUGGAUCAUUUGCUGGAACUGCAUUUGUCCUCAAUCCUUCUGGGUGUAAUGACUCUCCUGUAUCUGCUAGUGUGACAUCUCCAAACUCCACCAUUGUAAGUUCUCAAAACAGUCCGCCUCACCUAAGCUCAGAUGCUUUGACCAAAGAUGCUGGAGUUGAGCCAGACCAGUCUCUUGUUUUAGAAGAGAAUGGGGAAUCGAAAGAACUGCACCCCUGUAAAUAUUGCAGCAAGGCUUUUGGCACUCAUACCAACAUGCGCAGACAUCAGCGCAGAAUUCAUGAACGUCAUCUCAUGCCAAAAGGAGUCCGGAGGAAAGGAAUACUCCUACAGGAUAUUCCAUCCCAGCAACUACAACAAGGUCAGAGCUCAGUACUCCAGGAGGCAUCACCACAUAAUAGCCCUCCACUUAUCUAUGUGCCUAGUGUAGACACAGAUGAUGAGGGAGAGCGAGAGGACAGCAUGGUUGAUGUUUCCAAAAACAUCUCGGAGAAUCUCAGCCUUUAUAUAGAUGGAAAGAUCCUAUCCACAAGCGCAGUCAGCAGCUGUGAAGUCAUAGAGGUUGAUUCAGGUAGUCCAGCAUUAUUUGGUCUUGAUGCAGUUAUCUUGAAUCCUACCCAAAUAAGUCAGGCUCUCCAACUUGAAACACAGCCUUGCCAUGUGAAAGAGCUUUCGGUUAUUGAUCAAGCUGUUCCUAAAAGAAGAACUUCUACACCACCACUCCUUCCCACUGUGAAAACAGAACCUGAUACCAUGUCAUAUACUGCGUCAUCAUCAUCUACUUCCUCACAAUCACCUUCUUUGGGAGGUAAUAUCUUCCCACAGCCCACAGAGACACUGGCUUUACAAAAGGAGAAAACAAUUUAUCUUUCUCCCAAAUUAAAACAGCUUCUGCAGACGCAGGACAGUCAGAAACCGACCCUUGCUCUAAUAACAGAUAGCCGUAAAUUGACUACUCCACUUUCCGUAUCCUCUUUGCCUGUUGCUCAGGGAAGAUUUAAAAGAAGGACUGCUUCUCCUCCUACACAUGUACAGAAUAGCUCAUCAGCGAUCAUUGAGAGCUCAAUCAUUGAAACCGGGGAUUCUUUUGCCCUUAUGGUACCAAAGGUUGAAAGCCAUUGCAUGAGCUAUUCCUGGAGUAUAUCCAGCAAAGAGCAGAGGGACUGCAUGAGUCCUUCUGGAAAGGACUGGCCAGUCUUAGUAAGUGGAGGCAGUUCUUGCAAUCAGCAGCCUCUUGACCUUUCUGGUGCUGUUGGUAAACGAGGUGGCAGCAUAAGCAAAGGAACUACUGAGUCUGUGCUGGAUUUAAGCAUACACCGUAAGAGUGUGACUGACCACAAAACAAAAGCAAGCAUAUUGUUACAGUCACAUGUCAAGCGAAAGAAGCCCAAUACCAGCAUGUUGGAGAAAGUAUUAAUGAAUGAGUACUCUGGCUUAAGCUCAGCUGGAGAGGAGAGCUCUCCUUGUCUUGGAAGCCCAGACACUCACUUGUCCUCGGGCAGCACCACAGGUGUGUCUCCAUCCAGUGUGUGUUCAAACUCGGAACACCCUCCUUGUGAAUCUGUCUCUCCACCUUCCCUGACCCCUGUGACUAUGAACCCUUCUUCCCCAUCAUCCUCUAGCCAGGCAUCCUCUACACCCCCACCUCCAGUUCUGCCCACGGUCCCUUCACCUCCACCUCUUUCUCAGUUUUCAGAUUCUGCUUUUCCCAAAUUGUCUCCCAAACCGGUUUAUCAUAUGGUAGAUGAAAUGUCAGGGUCCCCUAAGGUAAAAGAAACAUGCCUUGAUAUGAAAAAUCUGGAUGAUAAAGACUUCAACCAAACUGCUAAGCAGUUACCACUUACAACUGAUGCACUGCCUCGAAGUCCUGAGCACACAAAAAGUCAUUGUAAUGCAGAUUCCUUUUCCAAAUCUGAAACACUACUUAAGGGCUCAACCUCAGAUCCUGACUUAUAUUUGCUAAAAAAUACAAACAAUGUUAUUUCUUUGCAUGAAAAGAAUAUUGACUCCAAAGCCAUUCAGAGUAGUUCCUUUGAUGUACUUUCCCCUCAAGACCACAAUAUUGCAACUGAUGUGUGUCAAAAACUACAAUCCGCUCACUCUCCAGUGCACUUAGCUCCAAAUGUGGACUCACUUUCAUCUUCUCACACUGUAGUGGCAGAUUCUAAUAUAGAGCCAUUAGCUGAUGAUGCACUAGUUACUGAUAAGCAUAUGAUGGAAGAUGCAGUUGAAAGCACAACCAAUGAUGAUUAUGGAGGUUUCUCAUCUAGAGUGCCAGAAAAGACACCAGAUGGAGCAGACACCUUAGAACAGGACACAUUUACAAAAAGUUUUGUGUGUAAUGUCUGUAAGGAUCCUUUUCACUCUAUUAAACAACUUAGCAACCAUAUCAUAGAUCAUGCUGUAGAAUGGCCUUUUAAGUGUGAGUUUUGUGUGCAGUUAUUUCAAAAUUCUGCAGCUCUUUUGGAGCAUCGUUCCUCUCUCCAUGGAGUUGGGAGAAUUUACUGUUGCCCAAUCUGUGCCAAAGAGUUUGCUUUCCUCUGCAACCUCCAGCAACACCAGAGUGACCUGCAUCCUGGUCAGAGUCAUGCUCACACCAUGGUCGAAAAUGGCAAGCUCAGGCCUCAGAAUUACACUGAUCCUGCUCAGGUGAAUAUGGAGAGAAAUUCUUUACAUUUAACUCCUGACACAACUGUAGAUGUUGCCCCUCAGGACUCACGUGAAUUAUUUAACUAUAGUAGUGUUAAAGCGGAGGGUGAUGGCGAAGAACAAGAGGAUCCCACAGAAGAGCUGUACACUACAAUAAAGAUUAUGGCCUCUGAAGCCGGAAAGCCCAAAUGCCCAGAUGUACGCCUUGGCAUCAAUCAACACUACCCCAGCUUUAAGCCUCCUCCAUUUCCCUACCACAACCGAACACCUGCUGCCUCUGUAGCCUCUGCAACUAACUUCACCACCCACAACAUACCCCAGACAUUCAGCACAGCAAUCAGGUGUACCAAAUGUGGCAAUAGCUUUGACAACAUGCCUGAGCUCCACAAACAUAUUUUGGCUUGUGCUAACGCAAGCGAUAAGAGACGGUACACACCAAAAAAGAACCCUAUUCCUCUCAGGCAGAUAGUGAAUCAGCCUCAGAACGGCGUUGUCUCACCCAUAGCAGCAGCCAUCGGGGGACAGAAUGCCUUCCGUAGGAUGGGCCAACCCAAAAGGCUCAACUUCAGCCAGGAGGUACCUACGAAGAUGAAGAUGUCUGCCCUGAAUAAGAAGAAAAACCAGCUUGUCCAGAAGGCUAUAUCUCAGAAGAACAAGGCUGCUACUUCUGUAAAGAAAGCUUUCAUUCAGGCGGAAGAGCAAGAGGUGCAAGCGUGUCCAUACUGCAGUCGAGAAUUUACAUAUGCUGCCAGCCUUGCAAAGCACAUUGCAUGCAGUUGUCCUCAGAAACCAGUUUCUAAGAAAAAGAAAGGAGCCCUAAUGCCUCAGGAUAAAAACAUGAAACUCAGAAGUCGAACAACAGACUCCGAAAUCAAACAAGAAGGCAACCUGGGCCUGGCUGUGAAGCCAUUAGUAAAAACAAGGACCCGGAGCUCAGAGUUGUUAGAAGGUGAAGUUACAUCGGGUAGCAAUGGUAAAACAGGGACCCCUCAGAUACGUGUCAAGAGACCAGCUUCGAACAAAGACCAUUCAGCCCCCAAAAGCAAGAAAGGCAGAAAGAGCAAGCCUCAACCUUCAGUUCUGACCUCAUCACUGACACUUGCAUCACAGCCAGGUGCAAAAAUGCAACGUGGUGGGAAAGAUAUGGCUCUCAAAAAAGAGGCUGAGACAAAACCACAAGUACAACAUAAAAAAGAAAAGCGUUUCUCAAAGAGAAUGCGGGAAAGAGUAGGUGGCCCAGUGACACGCAGUCUGCAAAUGGCUAGUGCUGCACCACCUGGAGAAGUGAAGACUGAAGAUCCACCAGUUAGUGAACCUGUACAUGGAGAACAUAAGGUGCCAAGAAAAGAAUCCUGUUUAAGUUAGCUGAGUGGAUUUUGUAAAGUCACCUGAGGAAAGACUGCUGUUGAGAGGUGUGGUGGUGAACACAGUGUGAUCAAAUAGGAGUGUUAGAUUGAUCAGAUAUUAUAUUUGAGAUGAGAAGCCUCUUCCACCCUUGUAUGCUUCUGUUUUGCUGACAGAAGCAUGCUGUUAAUGCACUUUGGUAAAUGAGCCUUUGUGGAUGUCACGAAAAACCCAAGGACUGUAAAUUCUGGGGUGUGUGUGUGUGUGUAUAUAUGUAUGUGUGUGUAUGUAAUUUUUAUAUAUAUAUAUAUAUAUAUAUAUAUAUAUAUAUAUAUAUAUAUAUAUAUAUAUAUAUAUAUAUAUAAUAUAAAUUACAUACAAAAAUCUUAAAAGUAAUAUUAUAUAAUAAAUAAGGGGCCCUGUGGUUCCAUUAAUAAUGAUGGCUGAUUAUAUUGCAAAAAGGCUAUCCUUUAUUAUAUAUCACUUAAUACAACCAUUUUUUGUUAUUUCAUACAUUUUUGUCCUUGUGUUCUGUGAGAUUUUAGAAUUCUUCUCUUACUGCAUGUUUUGUGCAAACAAUAUGGCUUGAGUGACACUUGCGUCAAUACUCUAUUUUGUCCUGCUCUACUUUUAUCGCUGCAAAUGGAAAAGAAUUUAUGUGAAUAUUUAAUGUAAUGCUGCAUAGGGAAUGCAAUAUUUGUUCAAAUGAAACUCUCACAUUUUAGAGAGGUGUUUUGUCCUUUUUCUUUUCUCUCUUGUGAACAAAGUAAUGAAACAUGCUGUUUGAUACAGUCAGAAUGAGUAAUGGUAUGAUGUAUGUAUGUUUGUGAUAUUACCUACCUGAACCAGGCAUUGUGGUUUUGUCUGUACCUUUUAUAAUCUGUAGCAUUUACAGCAGGACUGCUGGCCAUUAAAAUUACACUAAAAUACAA